GAAGAAGGGCCGCAAUUUAAAAAUAUCGCCAUCACCAAACCAGCAAUCGGAGAAUGGCCGCCGGCGAAAGUGACGUCAGGAGAAUCAUGGUGACCUCACUCUCCGCGAUGGUGGCGGAAACGACGACGUUCCCGAUCGACCUUCUCAAGACUCGGCUCCAACUCCACGGCGAGUCGACUCAGUCAGUCCGUCCAGCGUCUGCGUACAGAAUUGCCGUCCAAAUCGCUAGAAACGACGGCGUUUUGGGGAUGUACAAAGGCCUCUCCCCAGCUAUUUUCCGUCACAUGUUCUACACUCCGAUUCGAAUUGCCGGCUACGAGCAUUUGCGCAACGUUUUCGCACAAUCGUCCGAUCGUCCUCUUCCUUUUUACAGUAAAGCAGUAAUUGGCGGAAUUUCUGGCGCGAUUGCUCAGGUAAUUGCUAGCCCUGCUGAUCUCAUCAAAGUAAGGAUGCAAGCAGACGGUCUUAUGGUCAGCCGAGGUCUUCAGCCCCGAUACUCGGGUUUAUUUGAUGCCCUAAACAAGAUUAUUCGCGCCGAGGGAUAUCUAGGCCUUUGGAAAGGCGUGUCUGCAAAUGUCCAAAGAGCGUUUUUGGUAAACAUGGGAGAAUUAGCUUGCUACGAUCAUGCCAAGAGAUUCAUAAUCGGAAACAAGAUUAGUAAUGACAAUAUUUACGCCCAUACUCUGUCUUCUGUUAUGUCCGGUCUUGCAGCCACUUCGCUGAGCUGUCCUGCUGAUGUCAUCAAGACUCGAAUGAUGAAUCAGUCUGCUGGGGGUGUAAUAACCAAUAUUAAAUAUAGAAACUCGUACGAUUGUCUUGUGAAAACUGUUAAGGUGGAAGGAUUGAGGGCUCUGUGGAAGGGAUUCCUUCCUACUUGGGCUAGACUUGGCCCGUGGCAGUUUGUCUUUUGGGUCUCGUAUGAGAAAUUCCGACAGAUUUCUGGGCUACAAUCCUUCUAACAUUUCGAGUACUAAACAAAAAUAUUUCUGGCCCGAAUGAAAAAAAAUAUUCUGAUAUUCUGAUAUUCUUGGUCGGGCUGAUGCACAACACAACACCAUAGAGCAUUCAAGGUGCGUUUUCUUAUUAACUUCGCUCUCUAAUGGAACUAUCUGUAUUCUUGCACUACCUUUGAAUCUGAAAUGUUGGUCAUUUUGAAAAAUAAGUUUAUCGUAUUUUUGUCUUUGGUUUCGUCUAUGUCAUACCAUCUAUCUCACUUCAUCUAAGCCACUCGGUCCACUACAUAACUCUGUCUACAUCACCCUCCAUUCAUGUAAGUGUAGAGAAUUUUAGAGCCCAGAUUAGAGUUUUGAACUUUUGAGGUAUUUAUAGGAAAAGGUAAUUCCUCGGAGCCCAAAUCGGUUAACUUGGGCUUGCUUAUUUGGCCCAGUUAGGAUAAUACUUGGGCCUGUGUCAUUAACUCGGGGACUAACUCGAUAGGACAAGUCACUGAACCCUUUAAUGACCGACUUUAUUUGCAUAAUUAAAGUGACCGUGGUCCAGGGCGAAAAAACUAAAGAUCAGAUAUCUGUUAAUUUAAAUGAAGAUAUGGUUUCUUGUUGAGUUUGAGAGAACAAUAUUUGGAAUGCAGUAAACUUUGUUGGUGAGGUAUUGAUAGCAGUGCAAUCAAGAAUAACAGUGCUUCUUUUAAUUCGUCUGCUGUUUUAGGUAAACCGAAAGCUCCACACGCUAUUUCUGCAGUUAGAAUUGUUUGGAUCAUACUGUGUACACAAUUGCCGGAUUGCAUGCAGUUUGGAACCACUAACAUUUAUUUUUCAAAUGUGCUGUGCACUCGUAUCGAAAUAUAUUUCCUUAUUCAUCUCUGCAAGUACGAAUGCAUAAAUAAACCAUUCAUUUUUC